AUGCAUUCCUUUCAAAGCAUCCUCUUUCCUUCUCUUUUUGCUCUUGCUCAGGGUCACUCGGUCAUUCUGAAUGCCCAGGGUCUCGAUACUUCUCCUGCCAGUGUUGGAUUCCAAGUUGAUCCCGAGAUUGCUCGCAACUGUGUGACCAUCAACCCUUGCCAGCAGGAUGCCACCAUCAUUCGUGAUGCAGAGAUCACUGCCAACAUCGUCAACCAGUGUGGUCGCACUGAGUUGUCUGGCAACAUCGACGUUGGCGAGAACACCGAGAAUGCCCUCUCUGCUGGCAAGGUGACUCAAGUCGAGGCCGGUGGCGAGAUCACUGUGACUAUCCACCAGGUCAACGCCGAUGGAGCUGGUCCUUACGUGUGCGAUCUUGACGAGAGCAGCAACACUAAUACUAAUAUCCAGAACCUCACUGUGACCAACAACGUUCCUGGCUCAAACGGUCUCUCCCAGAUCAAGGAGCAGGCUUUCAACAUCACCGUCAAGAUGCCUGAUGACCUCAACUGCUUUGGAGCAUCAACCGGAAACAUCUGCACUGUCCGAUGCCGCAACAACGCUCUCGCCGGUCCCUUCGGCGGCUGCUUCGCCGUCCAACAAUCCGACACCCAGGAGAAGACCAACACUCCCCAGAACAUCAAGACUACCCAGCAGCUCAAGGCCAUCAACGCUCAGGUUCAGCAGAACAUCAAGGACUUCCCCGACUCUGUGGAGGCAAACGAGAACGCCACCUCUGACGAGGCUGCUCAGAACAAGGCUGCUGUUGAUGCCCUGCUCGGCAACACCGUCGUCACCUCGGCCUUUGCUAUCGAGACUCCUACUGUUGCUCUUGGACGUCCCCCUGCCGCUACCCCUACUGACGACGCUAAUAACGGUGGCAACAAUAACGGCAACAACAACAACAACAACAACAACAACAACAAUGGUGGAAACAACGGCGGCAAUGGAGGAAACAACGGUGGCAACAACGGCGGCAACAACGGCGGUAACGGUGGUGGUAACGGCGGCAAUGGCGGCCAAGGCCAAGAUCAGGGCCAGGGCCAGGGUGGCAACGGUCAAGGAAACGGUGGAAACAACGGCCAGGGUGGUAACGGAGGAAACGGUAACCCAUUCGGUCGUGGUGGUUUCGGCGGCUUCGGUGGAGGUAACCCUGGACAGGCCAAGCGAGGUCUCAACCUCCGAUGGGCCAAGCGAAGUGUCUGA